AUGGCGGGAAGGUGUUUGAUCGCGUUCUUGAUCAUGGCGAGCUGCCUGUCCGUCUUCGUCUCCGUCUCCGUCUCCGGUCAGCUUCCCGGUGAUCUCUUCGCGCUCGGUGUCGCCUCGAGGCUCCGCGUGGACGGCAACUGGACGGCGAGGGCGUCGUCGGACUUCGGCCGCAUCGUGACGGCCGCGCCGGAGGCGGUGCUCCACCCUGCCACGCCGGCCGACAUCGCGGAGCUGGUGCGGUUCUCGGCGUCCUCGCCGUCGCCGUUCCCCGUGGCGCCGCGCGGGCAGGGCCACUCCGUCCGCGGGCAGUCGCUAGCCCCGGGAGGCGUCGUGGUCGACAUGCGCGCGCUGGCGGCGGCGGCGGCGCCGCGCCGCGUGAACGUGUCCGCGGGCGGCGCGGCGCCGUACGUGGACGCCGGCGGCGAGCAGCUGUGGGCCGACGUCCUCCGCGCGACGCUGGAGCACGGCCUCGCGCCGCGCGUGUGGACGGACUACCUCCGCAUCACCGUCGCCGGCACGCUCUCCAACGCCGGCAUCGGCGGCCAGGCGUUCCGGCACGGCCCGCAGAUCGCCAACGUGCUCGAGCUCGACGUCAUCACAGGAAGGGGUGACAUGGUGACGUGCUCAAGGGACAAGGACCCGGACCUGUUCUUCGCGGCGCUGGGUGGGCUGGGCCAGUUUGGUAUCAUAACCAGGGCCCGGAUCGGGCUCGAGCCGGCCCCAAGACGGGUUCGGUGGGCCCGGCUCGUCUACUCGGAUGUGGUCACCUUCACAAGAGACCAGGAGUUGCUCAUAUCAAAACAGGAUGGCGAAGCCAGUUUCGAUUAUGUUGAAGGGCAAGUCCAGCUUAAUCGGACACUCACUGAUGGUCCCAAGUCGACGCCCUUCUUCUCCGACGCUGAUAUUACUAGGCUUGCUGGACUCGCCUCGGAGUCUACGUCAGGCGUGAUCUACUUUAUUGAAGUUGCUAUCUACUACAACGAGUCGACAAUCACAUCUGUUGAUCAGAAGUUGGAAGCAAUAUUGGAGCAACUAAGCUUUGAGAAAGGAUUCGUAUUUACAAAAGAUGUGAGCUACGUUCAAUUCCUUGAUCGUGUGAGAGAGGAGGAAAGAGCGCUCCGGUCGAUUGGCAUGUGGGAAGUGCCGCACCCAUGGCUAAACUUCUUUGUGCCCCGAUCACGCAUCCUUGACUUUGACGCCGGUGUUCUCAAGGGCGUCUUUGCUGGCGCCAACCCUGUUGGGGUCAUUCUCAUGUACCCUAUGAACAAGCAUACAUGGGAUGAUCGAAUGACAGCAGUUACCAGUGACGACGACGUGUUCUACGCCGUGGGGUUGCUCCGAUCUGCGGUGGCUGCCGGUGAUGUGGUGAGGCUGGAGAAGGAGAACGAAGCAGUGCUGGCAUUCUGCAACAACGAGGGCUUCGGAUGCAAGCAGUAUCUGCCACACUACACGUCACAAGAUGGGUGGCAACGGCAUUUUGGGGCGAAAUGGAACAAGGUUGUUGAGCUAAAGGCAAAGUACGAUCCUCAUGGGAUACUUUCGCCAGGACAGAAAAUUUUCUCACCGAUGAAGACAAUCAUAUAG